AUGGAUGUCCCUGAGCCCGAUCAGUCGCCCUUCACAGCCGUGUCCGCGCACACCUCUAGACUGACCCGACACUAUCAAGCCUACCUCGAUGCCUCGACCCCGUACACAACCUACCGCUGGGUUGGUUCCGGUGUGCUCCUGCUCCUCUUCUUCCUGCGCAUCUUCCUUGCGCAGGGCUGGUAUAUCGUCGCCUAUACACUCGGAAUCUAUCUCCUGAACCUCUUCCUCGCUUUCCUGACUCCCAAGUUCGACCCCUCUCUCACCCAGGACGAGGGUCUCGAGGACGGUGACGCAGGCUCCCCCAGCCUCCCUACCAAGAAGGAUGAGGAGUUCCGGCCCUUCAUCCGCCGUCUCCCAGAGUUCAAGUUCUGGCACUCGGCCACUCGCGCCAUCGCCAUCGGCUUCGUUUGCUCUUGGCUCGCUGUUUUCGAUAUCCCCGUCUUCUGGCCGGUCCUGGUUGUUUACUGGAUUAUUCUCUUUGUGUUGACGAUGCGACGACAAAUCCAGCACAUGAUCAAGUACCGCUACGUGCCGUUCUCCUUUGGAAAGACGCGCACGACGAUGGACAUGGCCAUGCCCGCAGUGUUCUCAACCUCCACUCAAAUCACAAUCCUCUUCACGGGCUGGACAACCUCAACUACGACGCAAUAUGUCUUCACGUUAGUAUUUCUAUUCCUCCUCGCCAUCUUCAACCGCUUCCUCGGUGCUCUCAAAUUCCAACUCGAGAAAUCAUGGUCUCAGCAUCCCUCUACCCCUCAAACACUGCUUCUCGCUCCAGUGAAUCGACGACACAACAUCCGAAAAGCAAAGCUCAGUCCUCUUCCGGACUACAUACGCGUGCACGAGAACGACCCCGAGGAAGAGAGUUUGCCAAUCUCAAAUAACGACACUGAAACACGAAGCACGUCAGGAAAUCUCAAAAGAGAUGACCCUCGAAAUAGGACUUCACUAAAAUGCCUGCUCCCGUCGUGGAAGGCGAGUGGAACGUGGAGUCUUCGGAAAGAUGGGACACGUGGGUUGCUUGAGUGUGUUAGGGCUUUGAUUGGAUAUUUCUUGAUGCUAUCCGUGAUGACCUUCAACGUCGGCGUCUUCGUUACUGUGCUUUUUGGCGUCCUGGUUGGCGAACUACUUCUUGGGAGAUUUUCUCAGGGGACUUCUGGCUGGCAGGAAGGGACUUGUCAUGGUGGCUGA